AUGGUGCAGAAAUCCCGCAACGGAGGCGUGUACCCGGGUGCGACCGGAGAGAAGAAGCUGAAAGUGGGGUUCGUGGGGCUGGAUCCAGGCGCCCCGGAUUCCAACCGGGAUGGGGCGCUGCUGAUCGCCGGCUCGGAGAGCACCAAGCGGGGCAGCAUCUUGAGCAAGCCCCGCUCCGGGAUCUCCGGGACGGGGAAGCCCCCCAAAAGGAAUGCCUUUUACCGCAAGCUGCAGAAUUUCCUCUACAACGUGCUGGAGCGACCCCGCGGCUGGGCGUUCAUUUACCACGCCUACGUUUUUCUCCUAGUUUUCUCCUGCCUGGUACUAUCCGUCUUUUCAACCAUCGAUGAGUAUCAGGACAGCUCUGAAGGGGCCCUCUACAUACUGGAAAUAGUCACCAUCGUGGUGUUUGGUGUGGAAUACUUCGUGAGAAUCUGGGCUGCCGGUUGCUGCUGUCGAUACCGGGGCUGGAGGGGAAGGUUAAAAUUUGCCCGCAAACCCUUCUGCGUCAUUGACAUCAUGGUGCUGAUUGCCUCCAUCGCCGUUCUGGCAGCGGGAUCCCAAGGGAAUGUCUUUGCCACCUCGGCUCUCAGGAGUUUGCGGUUCCUGCAGAUAUUGCGCAUGAUACGAAUGGACCGUAGAGGCGGCACCUGGAAGCUGCUUGGGUCUGUGGUCUAUGCCCACAGCAAGGAGCUGAUUACUGCCUGGUAUAUUGGCUUCCUGUGCCUCAUUCUGGCCUCUUUCCUGGUGUACUUGGCCGAGAAAGGAGAAAAUGAGCACUUUGAUACAUACGCAGAUGCACUCUGGUGGGGCCUGAUUACACUCACCACCAUCGGUUAUGGGGACAAGUAUCCACAGACCUGGAAUGGGCGUCUCCUGGCUGCAACUUUCACCCUCAUCGGGGUCUCCUUUUUUGCCCUCCCUGCUGGCAUUUUAGGUUCUGGCUUUGCCCUGAAGGUUCAAGAACAGCAUCGGCAAAAGCACUUUGAGAAGCGGCGAAACCCUGCAGCGGGCCUGAUUCAGGCUGCUUGGAGGUUCUAUGCCACCAACCUCUCUCGAACGGACCUGCACUCUACCUGGCAGUACUAUGAACGGACAGUCACCGUUCCCAUGUACAGCUCGCAAACGCAAACGUAUGGUGCCUCCAGACUCAUUCCGCCUCUGAACCAGCUGGAACUCCUCAGGAACCUGAAGAGCAAAUCGGGACUGACUUUCAGGAAAGAGCAGCAGCCUGAGCCAUCACCCAGUAAAAGCAAACCAUGCAGAGAGUCACUAUGUGGAUGCUGCUCAGGAAACUCUAGUCAGAAGGUCAGCUUGAAAGACCGUGUCUUCUCCAGUCCCCGAGGUUCUGGAACUAAAGGGAAAAGCUCUCCACAGGCUCAGAGCCUCCGGAGAUCCCCCAGCGCUGAUCAGAGCAUUGAAGAUAGCCCAAGCAAAGUGCCCAAAAGUUGGAGCUUUGGAGACCGGAGCCGAGCCCGGCAAGCAUUCCGGAUCAAGGGAGCUGCGUCUCGACAGAACUCUGAAGAAGCGAGCCUCCCUGGAGAAGACAUUCCCGAUGAUAACAAAAGCUGCAACUGCGAGUUUGUGACGGAAGAUUUAACGCCAGGACUUAAAGUCAGCAUCAGGGCAGUGUGCAUCAUGAAAUUCCUUGUUUCCAAACGGAAGUUCAAGGAGAGCCUUCGGCCUUACGAUGUGAUGGAUGUCAUCGAGCAGUAUUCAGCCGGUCACUUGGACAUGCUCUCCCGGAUUAAAAAUCUCCAGUCCAGGAUAGAUAUGAUUGUGGGUCCCCCGCCCCCUUCAACUCCCCGGCAUAAGAAGUAUCCAACCAAAGGACCCAUGCUCUCUUCUAAAGAGUCACCCCAAUACUCGCCUAGAGUGGACCAGAUUGUUGGACGAGGGACAUCAAUGACCGACAAGGAUCGAACCAAAGGGUCAGCAGAGGGGGAGCUUCCAGAAGACCCAAGCAUGAUGGGCAGACUUGGAAAAGUUGAAAAGCAGGUUCUGUCCAUGGAGAAGAAGCUGGACUUUCUGGUGAACAUUUACAUGCAGCGGAUGGGUAUCGCACCAACGGAAGCAGAAGCCUAUUUUGGGUCCAAAGAACCAGACCCGGCGCCACCCUACCACAGUCCAGAAGAAAGCCGGGAGCACAUGGACAAAAAUGGCUGCAUCAUCAAGAUCAUCAGGUCCACCAGUUCAAUGGGACAAAAGAAUUUCUCUGCACCACCAGCCCCAACAAUGCCAACCAACACGUGUCCCCCUUCAACGUCCUGGCAGCACCAGCCAUACCAGCGGCAUAGCCAUGGAUCCUCCCCAGUUGGAGAUCCUGGCUCUUUGGUAAGAAUCCCACCCCCACCUUCACAUGAGCGCUCCUUGUCCGCUUACAGUAGCGGGAAUAGGGCCAGUGCCGAGUACCUGAGGAACGAAGACAUUACAGCUAAACACCAUGACAGCGCCUUGAGAGACAGUGACACGUCCAUUUCCAUCCCGUCGGUGGAUCAUGAGGAACUGGAACGCUCCUUUAGUGGAUUUAGCAUUUCCCAGUCCAAAGAAAAUUUGGAUGUCCUUAACAACGGUUGCUAUGCAGCAGUGGCCCCCUGUGCCAAAAUCAGACCCUACAUUGCAGAAGGAGAGUCAGACACUGAUUCUGACCUCUGCACACCUUGUGGCCCGCCUCCCAGAUCAGCCACAGGUGAAGGACCUUUCAGUGACAUGGGCUGGUCGGCCCCUAGACAGUGAAGCAUUUUGACAUCUAUUGAGCCAAGUCAGCGCACUGGCCAGCCGCCCACUCAUGCCGUCCCCACAUCGAACUUCUGGAGGAGAUCUACAGCUAAGGUUUUAUGACUCCAGAACAUACUUAGCUUGUGGAUAUUUUCUUAUAGCUUACUCUGGGGACAGACGCUGAGCCAGCAUUCAGUAGAAAGAUGCCACUGUGGUGAAUAAUUCGGAGCCUUGAAGUGUCUGGAUUUCUUUCAUACUAUCUUUCUAAGAUAAUUAGGUGAAACGAUGUCACAGUACAGGGUAGGCAACCACAUUUCUUGGUAAUCCUUUAGGGUACAGGGCACAAAUAUCACCUGCAAGGUUUUUUUGGGGGCAGUGGGGGGAUUAAGUGAUGACUGAACAUAUCUUUUACGUGGUAAUUACCUUACCUUGACACUGGGUGAUUACACAGUCAAAUACUUUGGAGUUGCACCGCAAAUACAUGAUUAUUUCUGUCUUGUAAAACAUUCCAGGUUACAUGAUGAUUACUUUUGAAUUUAUGGAACGUGAUCCUCCAUUAACCGUUCAGGAAUGUAGUGUAAUUACUGUAUAAUACAUGGAAGCCCAGUU